AUGGCCGCCUGGCGAGCUGGUCACAGGAUCGGAGUCUUGUGGAAGGACGGAGAAGACUGGCAGACGCGCGUGCUCCUUUGUCCUGGUACUACCGCCGACGCCGAGAGCGAUCUCCAGAUGACUGGCGUGAAAGCAGCGGGGAAGAACGGCGACAUAUGGUACGCUCUCACCCCCGACGGGGACGUGUACAUUCACGUGCUGGAACCCCCGGGAGUCCGGGGAUCGGCGCUGUGCGAUCAGAUGGGCCUGCCUGAGCGGAGCGGGCCCUUGCAGUUCGGGGGGACGUGGCGAGCAGGCGGCAGGAUCUACGGACAGGAGUGGACCCCGACGCCAGAGGAGUUCGUCGACGCGCUGCAGUUCGCUCUGGGCGGCUCCUUGUUCGAGGCAGCCCCGCAGGUGGCGGACAAGACGGCGUCGGUGUUGCGACGGAUGAGCAAGAAGGGGCCGCUCCCAGCUGGCGCGGUCUUGGCUGGGGGAGCUCCUCCGAGUAGCUUCGUGCGUGGCUCGGGCGCCCUGCCAUCCGCGGUGGGGAUGCGCUGGCAGGUUCAGGCCGCCAGUGGCCCAACACCCGAGCGCCGCCCGCUGCAGGACUACGACGUGGACGAGUACUGCACCGCGGGCGGCUUCGCGCUGGCAUCUCAGGAGGGGGAGCUGCUCCUGCUGAGGGAGGUCGAGAAGUCCUCGCCGGAGGACGACGCGGAGGUGGACGCCAGGCUCUUGCCGCUCGUGGAGGUCGAGGGCGUUCGCAAGCGGCAUUUCAAGGACUCGCUCAAGGGGCUCACCGAGACGGCCUGGCGAGAGUGGCCCGUGCGCGGGCCACGUACGACUGUCUGGCGUGCCAACUUCGUGGGCGGCCAGGACCGUCACCCACGCUCGAGGCACACUAAGUGGAAGGCCGAGUGCG